AUGAGUUGGAUGGACUCCUGGUCAAGACCAGGCAAACAUGCUGCAGUGCCACCUCCCUUCUAUCUCACCCAGGGAGAAGAUGUCCCCUACUGCAGAACUUGCGGUAGAGUGAUAAGUAACCGCAAGCAGCAACAGAAGGGAUCAGACACCAUCAAAUAUUGCUCCGAUCGAUGUCGAAAUCGAAAGCCAGGCCCAGCAGACAAAAAAUUGGAGAGAAUGAUUGUGGCUCUUUUGAAUGCAGAGGCAGGAUCCGGGAUUGAGAAAACCGCCGCUCAGUCCAAGCUGACCAAGGGCGACCGACGAAUCAUCCUGACAUGUGAAGAAAUCGAAGAAGUCAUCUUCGGCAGGAGACACGAUCCCACGAAAACAUUUGGGCGCAAGAAGAAUCGUGCGAGCCGUGCGCUGCAGGAAGAUGGCGAAUGGAAAAGCGUGGAUAUGGAUGGGAAUCACGAUCUCUCUUCCGAUCAGGACGUAUCGCCAAUAGAGGAAAGUCAUCAACGAAUCCGUCCAAGGGUCCGGCCGCCUCAGCUAGAAUCCGAUGUCAAUGGAAGCAUUGGUGGAGAGAAAGGUUGGGCCGAGCGUCACUCUGAAACCCCCGAAGAGUACGAAAAGAGACUUGAGGGACAGCAGCGCGCCGAAGAGCGUGAGAUGGUCCGCAGGGCCGCGAGGCGAGGUGUUGUGUUUGGCUUUGAUGUGGAUUCCUCACAAUCGGAUGCCCAGACACAACAAAUCAAGGGGAACUCAGGGCCAGGUCGGAUUGCAAUCAAAACGGGACAUCAACCAUCUCCACCGCCGCGACGAAAGUGUGAGGCGCUGAUGAACGGUUCGGUAGUGGAGCCCAGUUUUGCCAAAGGUAAUUGGGCUAUUCGAUGGAGGGAGUAA